UCCCAUGGCGCAAAGAUUCUCUUCUAUCAUCACUCGGACAAUCCAUCAGAUAAUAUGCACCUCGAUCCUAGAUAUCCUAGACACGUCCACCUGGUCAAGAAACCAACGACGUACCGUAUAGCCACACACCCAUGACGGAGCCAACUCCACAAGAAACUCACCCACCUCGGCGGGACAGCCGUCAUCACCACCCGAACCAUACCGUUCAUCAGCACCCAGCGGGACUCCCUUUAAUCCAGGGUUUCAACUUGUGGCACCGCAAAUGGAGCAACCUCGCCUACGCAGGAUUCAUUCUCUUUUGCAACUUGGCCCUCCCAUGUAUACUGUUCUACGUCUUGAAGGACAACACACACAUGACCCUACGUGAACUUAUUGGGAUCUCCUCGGCGACACUCGGGGUAUCGAGCAGCUUUGAUGGCCCAUUCAGAACCUGGAAGCUAUGGAAGAACCGACCGUAUUACGGACCCCUCAACGACCCCGUUCGCUGGCACAUGGAUUUCACCAUGCACCUAUACAGCUACGCACUUUUGAUCUUUGCCUUGCCUUUGGCGAUCGCUUCGGCAGUCAAACCUCCUAUGCCCGACUUUUUCUGCAUGUCAACUCCCAUGCUCGUCGGCCCCGUCGGUCUGAUUUUCCUCAUCUCCCUGUUCCGCCCCAAAUGCCCGUUCUGGUGCUCCUCGGACGCUCCAGGAGUUCGGAUGAAACCGGCAGUCUUUUACAUGUUUGAGGAUAUUGGAGCGGUCGAUUUCAGGCAUGGCAAGGAGUUUAGAGAGGCAGUCAACAAGAGGUACGACGCCUCGCCCCCUUGGCAAGACCUCAUGUGGUAUCUGACCGCCUGGUGGGCAUUUGGGACCGCAAUCUACUUCGGGGUCACCGCCGCUAUCACAUGGACGGUCCGUUUCGGCAUCUCAUUCGGCCUCAUCCUCGGCGUCUUUUUCAUCUGGCUCGUCGUCUGGGCCGUCCUGAGCUUGUGGAUCGUCAAGUGGGGGUUGAGGCGGGAAGAGGUCUGGUGGAAGCAGCAUCAGGCCAAGACGGUCGAGGAGGGCAAGGUGGAGAGGGUGGAAGGUGCGAGCGAGGUCGAGGAAACGACCCCGAGAGAGAGUCAGAUGACCGAGAGGACUUAGGGAAGGCCUCAAUAGACCGGAUUUCCCUUUAUCCAUGCGUUAAGUCCCGUUCCGAAACAACCUACUGUAUCAAACACUUCGUCAGCCUACGGGACCAAAUUCUAAUUACAACUGUAUUUAUAAAGUCUAUACCAUGACUCAUAACGAUCGAUACCCGUGCAGACGGGCCGUCUUGUCAGUGAUCAUUUUCCAGCAUGCUUGCCGUCCGGUGAAAUUACCCGGAUAGGUUUGACUGAGAUAUCUCCAAGUUUGAAA